AUGUCAACAGCUACUGCGACAACUACCCAGCAGCAGGAGGGAUCUGUCCGCCUGGCUGCUGAAAAUGAGCUCUCCAAUGCUGCAAAUGAUCCCAAGUUCCAGUCACUUGCCCGUGGAAACCGCAAUGGCACCCUUAAGCUGCGUGGAAUUCCUACAUUUACAGACCCAGUCGAGAAGCGUAAAUGGAUGAAGGAGCACAUGGCCGCUGCUUUCCGAUACUUUGGCAAGCUGGGAUACGGCGAGGGUGUCUCGGGUCACAUUUCAAUGCGCGACCCAAUCUUGAAGGACCACUUCUGGAUGAACCCCUUUGCAAAACACUUCUCUACUAUCAAAGCCUCGGAUUUGGUCCUUGUUGACCAUGAGGGAUACGUUACUGAAGAAGGAGCUCAAAUACCCGUCAACGAGGCUGGCUUCUUGAUUCAUUCCGAAAUCCACAAAGCCCGUCCUGAUGUCGUGGCUGCGGCCCACACUCAUGGUAUUCACGGCAAAACAUGGAGCUCCUUCGGCAAGCCAAUUGAGAUGCUCACUCAAGAUGCUUGCAACUUCCAUGGACGUCUCGGUGUCUACAAUGACCAUGGUGGUAUUGUAUUGUCCGCAGAUGAAGGCAAAAAUAUUGCGAAAGCGCUGGGAAAAGACAACAUUGCGUGUAUCCUUCAGAACCAUGGCCUCUUGACUGUGGGCCGCACCGUGGAUGAAGCUGCAAUCCUGUAUUCAAUGCUGGAAAAUGCCUGCCAUUCACAGCUCAUGGCCGAUGCUGCGGCGGCGAACGGUAUCCCUAAAAUCAUCAUUGAUGACGAAGCAGCUGCUUUUACCGCUGAGUUCGCUCAGAACCCUCACAACUUCUAUACCGAGUUCCAGCCUGAAUACGAGCUUCUGGUCGAAGAAACAAAUGGGAGGUUCCUACAGUGA